AUGCAACAACCGUCUUUUGCUAUAUUGAACACACCAGCCAGUUUCACAAAGCCCAACUUCCUUGAUCCCCAUGAAGUGCAGGAGAGGCAGCCCAUCUACCUCGUGUACAAGGACAAGAGCUGGCAGAAGACCAUUUGCUACUUCCUCACGCGCCACGGCCAGAGCAUCACCUCCCUCCACCUCAUCUUCACCAACUUGCAGCAGCUCCCCACCCUCCGCCCCUUGAUCACUCGCUGCAGCCCCGCCCUCUCCUCCUUCAGCAACAAGCUGCGGGGCUUCGUGGACAGCGACGAGGAGCAGGAGGACGAAGACUGGACUCUCGACUUCCUCAACGACUGCUCGCAACUGCAGCGCCUGAAGCUGGGCCGGGGCAUGUGGAACCUUGACGAGAGCUGUGCGAACGCGGCCUGGGGGAGGUCCAUCCGCUGUCUGACCCUCAAGCACAUGGAUAGAAGAUAUAGAAACUACAACUUCCUCGAUUCCAUCACACCGCAGCUGCACGAGUUCACGCUCUACGAGCACUGGCACCUCGCUCAUGGGCCCGUCUUUGGCUCCCACGUCAUGGAAUUCAACUUUUCCAAUGCCCGCCUCCUCCGCUUCCGCUUUGCCAGCAACGAGCUCAAGCUCAAGCUCACUGUGCCGCCCUCACUAAAGAGCCUAUCGAUGAUGGCCAAGUGGCUCGUUCUCUCCUGCAAGAGCACCGCCCCUCUUGCUCUUGACCACCUCUUGUUGUAUGGUCAGGAGCGCCUCGUCAUCUCCUCCCUCCGCAUCGCAUCCGUGCGAGCCGCCUACCUCAAUGGGCCAGCCAGCGAUGAGGAGUCCAGCUGCCCGAGGCUCUCUGCUCAGCUGCCCCCUUCCUGGCAGCAUGUUCCAUACGGCAUCUCUAACUUCUCCUGGACCAACUGGCUAGGCUCCAUAGCGCAAAACGUUGAGGUACUUAUAGUGAGGCAUGGGAUCCCGAUUGAAGAGGUGGGUGUGGUAUGGAGGAACCUGCGCAGCCUUGGGAUUGUCGCGCACGCGAAGGGGGAGCAUAAUAAGGAGUGGGAGGCGACGCUGGAGAAUGACAGGGCGUUUAUGGAUGAUGGGGAGUAUGAUGAUGAUGAUAUGGAUGAUUAUGAUGAUGACGAGGAUAGUAUCAAGCCUCCCUUCAUCCGCGCUCCGAAUCUUCAGUUCCUGUUCUUCCCUUCUAGCAAGGUGUGUAAUGCUCCCGCACUGGCUGCACUGCGGCAGGACUACCCCGCCCUAGCGCUCUACUGUGUGGUGGACCGCUCUUUCUAUUGGGAGAGGAAGGGCAAGAGGGUGAGCAAUGCGCCGCUCAAGCAUGUGCGGCGGGCAAAGAGCGGGGUGCUGCGGCAUAGGUUUCUUGAGAAGAAGCCGAAGAAUGUUAGGGAGAAGAUGUACAGUGUGAACAGGAAGCUGGUGGAGGGGUACUGUGUUGAAGAGGACGAGGCACACAUGUUAAAGUAUAAAGUCCCCGCAUCUCCCGCCGCCAUCCCCGCAUCGCUCAUGUCUCGCAAAAUCACCGCCACUGCUUUGAGGUCCCCACCUGGUGCCUCCGCCGCAUCUGGCGCCGCAUCCGGCGCCGUACCAGGCGGCGCAGUUGCGGCGCGAUCCUCAGCCAGCAGCGCGGGAGGCACUCCCGACCUGAGGAGCGGCAGAGGCGGCAGAGGGAGGGCGGUGGCGGCUCGCGCGAGUGGCGGCGGUGGGGCGGGUGGGGGGGAAUCAGAGGCAGCGGGGGGAGCGGGGGGAGGCAUGGUGCUGGCGGCCGUGCUCGUGGCGUGCAUUGGCGCAUUCGCAUUCGGUUGCCACAUUAGUGUGGUGAAUGGGCCGUUGGAUCACAUCCUCGUCAGCACUGGUGCGCCAGGCAACUCCCUCGUAGGAGGUGUGCCUACCAUCUCUCUGCGCCUCUCAUUGCCAUCUCUCUGCGCCUCUCAUUGCCAUCUCUCUGCGCCUCUCAUUGCCAUCUCUCUGCGCCUCUCAUUGCCAUCUCUCUGCGCCUCUCAUUGCCAUCUCUCUGCGCCUCUCAUUGCCAUCUCUCUGCGCCUCUCAUUGCCAUCUCUCUGCGCCUCUCAUUGCCAUCUCUCUGCGCCUCUCAUUGCCAUCUCUCUGCGCCUCUCAUUGCCAUCUCUCUGCGCCUCUCAUUGCCAUCUCUCUGCGCCUCUCAUUGCCAUCUCUCUGCGCCUCUCAUUGCCAUCUCUCUGCGCCUCUCAUUGCCAUCUCUCUGCGCCUCUCAUUGCCAUCUCUCUGCGCCUCUCAUUGCCAUCUCUCUGCGCCUCUCAUUGCCAUCUCUCUGCGCCUCUCAUUGCCAUCUCUCUGCGCCUCUCAUUGCCAUCUCUCUGCGCCUCUCAUUGCCAUCUCUCUGCGCCUCUCAUUGCCAUCUCUCUGCGCCUCUCAUUGCCAUCUCUCUGCGCCUCUCAUUGCCAUCUCUCUGCGCCUCUCAUUGCCAUCUCUCUGCGCCUCUCAUUGCCAUCUCUCUGCGCCUCUCAUUGCCAUCUCUCUGCGCCUCUCAUUGCCAUCUCUCUGCGCCUCUCAUUGCCAUCUCUCUGCGCCUCUCAUUGCCAUCUCUCUGCGCCUCUCAUUGCCAUCUCUCUGCGCCUCUCAUUGCCAUCUCUCUGCGCCUCUCAUUGCCAUCUCUCUGCGCCUCUCAUUGCCAUCUCUCUGCGCCUCUCAUUGCCAUCUCUCUGCGCCUCUCAUUGCCAUCUCUCUGCGCCUCUCAUUGCCAUCUCUCUGCGCCUCUCAUUGCCAUCUCUCUGCGCCUCUCAUUGCCAUCUCUCUGCGCCUCUCAUUGCCAUCUCUCUGCGCCUCUCAUUGCCAUCUCUCUGCGCCUCUCAUUGCCAUCUCUCUGCGCCUCUCAUUGCCAUCUCUCUGCGCCUCUCAUUGCCAUCUCUCUGCGCCUCUCAUUGCCAUCUCUCUGCGCCUCUCAUUGCCAUCUCUCUGCGCCUCUCAUUGCCAUCUCUCUGCGCCUCUCAUUGCCAUCUCUCUGCGCCUCUCAUUGCCAUCUCUCUGCGCCUCUCAUUGCCAUCUCUCUGCGCCUCUCAUUGCCAUCUCUCUGCGCCUCUCAUUGCCAUCUCUCUGCGCCUCUCAUUGCCAUCUCUCUGCGCCUCUCAUUGCCAUCUCUCUGCGCCUCUCAUUGCCAUCUCUCUGCGCCUCUCAUUGCCAUCUCUCUGCGCCUCUCAUUGCCAUCUCUCUGCGCCUCUCAUUGCCAUCUCUCUGCGCCUCUCAUUGCCAUCUCUCUGCGCCUCUCAUUGCCAUCUCUCUGCGCCUCUCAUUGCCAUCUCUCUGCGCCUCUCAUUGCCAUCUCUCUGCGCCUCUCAUUGCCAGCUGGGUGGCUGGGUGGUGAGUGCAUCGCUGCUCACAGCAGCGUGUGGGGCCCUCUCAGCCGGCUGGCUUGCUGACUCUAAGUUCGUGCCCCUUCCUCCUCGCCCCUUCCUCCUCGCCCCUUCCUCCUCGCCCCUUCCUCCUCGCCCCUUCCUCCUCGCCCCUUCCUCCUCGCCCCUUCCUCCUCGCCCCUUCCUCCUCGCCCCUUCCUCCUCGCCCCUUCCUCCUCGCCCCUUCCUCCUCGCCCCUUCCUCCUCGCCCCUUCCUCCUCGCCCCUUCCUCCUCGCCCCUUCCUCCUCGCCCCUUCCUCCUCGCCCCUUCCUCCUCGCCCCUUCCUCCUCGCCCCUUCCUCCUCGCCCCUUCCUCCUCGCCCCUUCCUCCUCGCCCCUUCCUCCUCGCCCCUUCCUCCUCGCCCCUUCCUCCUCGCCCCUUCCUCCUCGCCCCUUCCUCCUCGCCCCUCCUCGCCCCUCCUCCUCGCCCUUCCUCCUCGCCCUUCCUCCUCGCCCCUUCCUCCUCGCCCCUUCCUCCUCGCCCUUCCUCCUCGCCCUUCCUCCUUCCCUCCGCACCCCUGGCACAGCGUCAUCGGCACCGCAGAUGCUGGUGGGGAGGGCGCUCACAGGGUUAACAGUUUUGGAGUGGCACAGCGUCAUCGGUGCCGCAGAUUCUGGUGGGGAGGGCGCUCACAAAUGUGUGUGCCCCUCUGUCUGUUUGUUUGUUCAUCUGUUCUCCAGUCUUUUCCCUAAAUGGCACACGUGGUUUGCAUUGUUUCAUAACCCUGCAACCCUACCUUUCCCUCCCACUACUGCUUCUCCUGUCUCUCCCCCCAUGCCCGCCCCAUCCCCCGGCCAUCAGUCAGAUAGCGCCAGCAUCGGUCGGUGCGAGCGAGGUCGCCUGGGGUCGCUCAACCGGCUGGACAUCUGUGUCGGCAUCCCCACUGCUCUUUUUGGGGGUUCAGGGGAAAAGAGUGAGUCAGAAGGGGGCCAUUUUUGA